GAAUGUAGAAACAUAGAACCUAAGGAGCUGGCAGUCAGGUUUGUAAGUGUCAGUGUCACAGAUUCUAUGAUCUGCAGCAGGUAAGCAAUCAAAAUAUAUAACAGCAAUAAUUCCUGGUGCCCACUAAUAAUCUCUUUAUUUUACUAUGUGUCAGUGGUCAUCUCAUGCUUGUGGAUGAGUUCUAAUUCCCACCGAGCACCUUGUGGAACAGUACAGGCAUGGGAAGUAACUGAGAAUUCCACAGUGACAUCAGUCUGUUGCUUAUCCAAUCAGAGGCAGGAGGAGCAGUCACGAGGUUGGUGACGCUAAUAGGAAGUUCUGGGGAAACUGAAACCAGUUUUCCUGUAUCUGACACAGAUUUGCCUUGCACUCUGCAACUGUUCGGCUAGAAUUCGUUGCCUUUCCAUCAUGGGCUCACAGAAGCCACGUAUAAUUCCGUGGUUGAUCAGCCAAGUUGGUAAUCCGGCAUACCCCGGCCUGAUUUGGUUGAAUGAAGAGAAGACAAAGUUAUGUAUUCCUUGGAAACAUGGAUUGCGUCAGGACAGAUGUGAUUAUGAUGUCAAAAUAUUUGAGGCCUGGGCUAUUGUCAGUGGUUCCUAUGACCCUAGCAAGGACCAGCCUAACCCGGCAGUUUGGAAAAGGAAUUUCCGCUCUGCACUGAAUCGCAAGGCUGGCAUCAACGUAAUUGUGGACAGGAGCUCAGACUCCACCAACCCUCACAAGAUCUAUGAGAUCCAAAAAGAGAUCAGCGUGGAGAGUGAAAUUGGCUCUGAAGAGACUUAUCUGACUGACAGCAUAAGCCCUUCUUCUGACUUUUUCUCUACAAACAGCCCCAUAAGCAAUACAAGCUGCAACACGAAUGUAACCAUAUCAGAAGGCAUCAUGCAACUACAGCUCUCCCAUACUGAAGAAGAUUUGUACUGUUCCCCUGAAGACUACCAAGCCAUGGCAUGCAGUGAUGCACAUACUCAGGAAAGUUGGUUCUCUGGCAUUUCAUCCCCAGAGAGGGCUGGAGGGACUGAUAUCCCUACAUACAGCGAGCAAUCCUUUGUUACAACCCCUGUGCAUGUGGGAGCACCUGCUGAAGUCUUUCCGGGGGAGGUCGCCACAAAUCAUGGAAGUCCACUACAGCAACAUAUCACUGAUCAUUUUUUCCAAGACGGGACAUUAAAGACAGAAUUUGAAGUGACUGUAUAUUACAGAGGAACUGAAGUCAGCAAAUCUCUGGUAAAAAACCCACAUGGCUUCCGCAUUACAUCAAAACAACAUGCAGAUCCAGGGAGCUACUUGGACAAUGUGGUUCUGCCAUUGCCAACGAAGAUUCAUGAUCAGGGUGUUGUGGGGGAAAUACACAAACUGUUGAAAAACUUAGAAAAUGGCACCUUGGUCGAGGUGAGAGAAGGCUCGAUCUGUGGGAAGAGGCAAGGAAACUGCAGGGCUUUUUGGAGCAUGACAGAGGUGCCAGAAACCAAUCAACCCAACCAGAUUGACAAAAACGACUACUGUAUCCUGUUCACGCUGCAGCAGUUUGUAUCAGACCUGACUGCAUUCAUUGAACGCACCAGGAAGGACUCCCCUCAGUACAACAUCUGGAUGUGCCUUGGAGAACGGUGGCCUGAUGGUCGGCCAUGGAAGAAAAAAUUUAUCAUGGUGCAGAUAGUACCAGUGGCGAUGAAGAUGCUUCACGACAUGAGCUACAGUACGGGAGCGUCUUCUCUCCGUAGCAGUGAGAUUAACCUGGAAAUUUCUGACUCCCUUUCCAGUACAAAUGACCUGAUGGCUGUUCUACGGGAACUACAGGAGAUGAUGGACUAUGAAUAUAUUGUGAAAGUGAAACUAGAACUAAAGGCACCACUCCGUGCAGCCGAGCUCUCUAUUCAUUCUUCCUCUGAAAACCUUAUCCAGUACCAGACCUAUCUACUCUCUACCAUGAACGCCCACAAACCACGCUUUCUACCAUGGGUGCUAAGUCAGAUUGAUAGCCAGAGCUUUCCGGGCCUUAAAUGGGUGAACCAAGAACAGACACAGUUCUGCGUCCCCUGGAAGAACGGCAAUCGCCGUGACCUGUGUGAAGAUGAUUACCAAAUUUUUAAGGCUUGGGCUAUUGUCAGUGGUAAGUAUAACCCUGAGACAGACCCCCCUGACCCAUCAACAUGGAAGAGGAAUUUCAGUUCAGCUCUAAGGCAAAUGGAUGGUGUCAGAAUGUUACAGAAUAAAAGUCUAGAAGCCAUCAACCCUCACAAAGUCUUUGAAAUUACAAGAAAUCGAGGGGCUGAGGAUUCAGGCCUUUAUACUGAAAAUCCGUGUGCUCCCAUUUUGGCUGUGGGUUCAAAUAAUGCACCAUUAGAUGGUACAGAGCUGUACUUUUGUGCAGAAAGCCAGCUGUACACAGAGAGUAUGGAUACCAGUAACAGUCUAUUCCUGCAAGAAGCUUCCCACAGUGCAUUGGUUGGUGGUGCCAUGGCCUCUGAGAUUGCACAUUAUGGUGCCCAUGAAGUACAAACCGGAGCACAAGAUGUGACUGUUCCGGACGAAAACCAGGACAUGAUGCUGCAUAGACAAAUAAUGGCUCAGUUAUUCCCUGGCAAUAUAUUCGAAACAAAAUUCGGAGUGGGCAUCUACUACCGCGGGACCCUAGUCAAGGAAACUGAGGUGAGCAACCGAUACGGCUUCUGUGUGACUUCCCGAGACUGUCCAGCCCCAGGGAGCUACUUGGAACAUGUGCUUCUGCCAGCACCAACCAUGAUUCCUAACCAGAAGGCGGCACAAGAAAUACGCCAAGUCCUAGAGAGGAUGGAAGAUGGCGUCUGUGUAGAGACGCGAGAUGGGGCAAUAUGUGGGAAAAGGCGGGGCAAGUGCAGGGCCUUCUACAGCAUGACCAAUGUGCCAAGGACUCCAGAGGAGAUGGAAUCCAGAGAAAUUGAGAAAUAUGGCUACAGUGUUCUGUACAGUGUUCAGCAGUUUAUAACAGAACUGACUGCGUUCCUACAACGCACAACGAGAGAGUCCCCACGAUACACAAUCUGGCUGUGCCUGGGAGAAAUGUGGCCGGACCCCAGACCAUGGGAGAAGACAUUUGUUAUGGUUAAAAUCACACCCAUAGCUAUGAAGGACGUCCAUGACUUGAGCUACAGAACUGGUGCCUCGUCCCUCCAUAGUGAUGAAGUCAACCUGCAGUUCUCAGACUCUUUCUCCAGCUUGGAGGGCAUGCUCUCCCUUCUAAGGGACAUGGGGGAAGUCAUGGAGUAAUAGUAUUAGUAGUAUUAGUGGUGUUAGUGGUAAUAGUCUCGUUUUGUUUCCCCCAGUCUCCAUUUCACACCUAAGGUAGGGGCCCCAUUGGAGGAUCAGUAACAUAUUAAUGGGGAUC